GGUGGCUCUGGACAGCCCCUCCUCUCAUAUAGCAAAUGAGACGGCUAUAUGAGACUCCUAAAGACUGUACAAGGUUAGGACUGAACAAGGCUGCUUCGUACUGCCACACACACACACACUGUUAGCGGUUAUAUUGUACAUGRAUGUUUUACAUUUUACCGUUGACUUUUGCUUAUGUAUUUCUCUUUCCCUCGCUCUGUUUUACACUUUCAAACCAGUCUGGUCGUACAUUCCCCCAUAGGUGCUGUGGAACAUACCAACCAUUACCUCUGUCAAACACUCACUCUUUCUCAGUUGGAGGUGCUGUACUACCCCCACCCCCACCCAGCAGUGACUCUCUCUCCAUGAUGGCCUCCUAUAGCCCUACCCACAAGGGCUGGUUUGGUGAGAGGGAGGUUCACCAGGGGAUUGGGCUGGACAUCCUAUUCAGUGGCAGAGACUUUGACACAUCUAAUCUGUACUCCCAAAAUGGCACUCAACAACUUCAGGAGGCCAAGUCCCAUAAUGCCUGUCCCAGGGCCCCCCAGAGGUCCCUGCAUGGCUGGGGCACAUACAGCCCCCCUCCACAGAGACCCAGCACUGGGAGCAGAGGGGGGACCAACCAGUGCCAGGGCUACUACGCCCACACCCUGCUCUUGCCCUUGCCCCACAGAGCACUGCCUGUCUUCAGACCCUGUGUCUGCAGCAGCCCUCAGGGAUAUAACACUACCACAGUGGACAAACCUCGCAUGCUUAGAGCCACUAUUACAUCCAGCCCCUCGGAUUCCAACCACCCUGUCCAGCACCAGAGCCAGCAACCCAGACCAAACCAGCAGCAGGUCAUCAAGCAGCAGCAUCAGCCAAGUCUCAGUCAAAAGCCUGUCUACCAGCCAAGCCUCAGUCCCACUCCAAUCUAUAGGAGACUCACAACCUGGCAGCUCAAGGACAACACCAAUACAGACAACACCAUCAAGACUAACAGCCCUCACAGUAACAGAAUCAAGAGACAGGUGGACAUGACGUCCCAGAACGUGUUUGGUCAGCCGCGUGUCCUGGCCUCUCUGCGCUGCCCGCCCUCUCCACGACAGACCCACAAGACAACUAACCUAGAGGAGGAACUGAGGCUCAUCAUACUGGACACAGAGGACUCAGGGAGGGAUGCAUCCUGCCGUCAUAGCCUCUCUACAGAGAUCAGCCUCGGCAGUGGUCCCCUGGAUUCCAGUCUGGCAUGUUCCCCAGUCUCUGACUGCCCAGAGCUGGAGGGGCUAGAAGACCUGUCUGCCUCUGAGCUGUCCCUGACAGAGGGCUGGGACCCUGGGCACAUCCCCCUACUGGACCCUGCCUGGGGCCUGGAGUGGAGCAACCUUGUCAAUGCUGCCAAGGCCUAUGAAGCAAAGAGGACAGUGGAGCCCAUUCCUCCCAGCAAGUCCAAGAAGCAUGGAUCAGAGGGUGGACCUGCUGCUUGCCCACCUAAUCAUUACCAUCCUCAGGGCUACAAUGCCCAGCCCACAUUAAGAAGUGAAGUGCCCAGUGAUCUGUCAAGACUUCACCACCUGGAGGCGCUGCUGAGACACUUGGAGAGCAACCUGGAGAAGGAAAGGGAGGAUAAAGUAGCCCUGAUGGAGGAAGUGACGAUUCUGAGAGAGACCAACCAGCGCCUGUGGGAGGAGUCUCUUUCAUCCAACGAACAACUAUGUAAACUCAGCCUGUUGUGGCCCCAGGAAUGAUGCCUAGAGAGAGAGAAUGACCAGCGACACUAAGAGGAGAGAGAGAUGAUUUGAAAAGAGGAGUAGAGGAAAAAAUGGUUUCAACAAAGAUAGUACCUUGAAACAGAGUUUUCAAAUGUAAAUUGUCUUUAAAAUGUGAUCAGAGAAAGAGGACAGAUCACGGCGAGUUACCAGAGUUUGUUGUAGAGGUUACUUAUGCUGGGACAGUGACAUGUACAAGCUGGCUAGAUGCUUGAGUUGUUAGCCAGUUCAGUUGUACACAGUUGGUAUGUUUUAACUCCAUGACAUUGGAAUAUUUCAGUUGUGUAAUCCUCAUGUUCUCUCGCCUCUCCUGCUUGUCAAAACCCAUUGGAUGAGAAAACCAGAGGUCCAUCCCCUCUGACCUUCUCCACCAAUGGGUACAAUAAAAUAUUUAAGAAGGCA